AUGGACCUGUCGCGGUCCCUCACCGCGCACACGCGGCGGCGGCUGCCCGCGGCCUGCGAGACCGAGACCGCCGCGGCCGGCCUCGCGGACGUCUUCACGAAAGUCGCGAGCCCCGCCGACCGGACGGACCCGUCCGCGACGGCGAACACGACGCGGCGCAUCAGCAUCGACGGCGGCGACCCGCUGCGCCUCGCGCCGGGCCUGCGCCGGCUCCACCCGGCCGCGAAGCGGACCCCCGUCGCCGGCUUCGCGCUCGACGGCGCCUUCUACGCCGCCGAGAGCCCGAUCGCGUGCGAGGCGCGGGACGGCGCGUUCGCCUGCGCCGGGCCGAACGGCGGCGAGCACCGCUUCGACAGCGCGGCCCACGUCGCGGCCGUCGCGCGGCACCUGCGCGCGCGGAAGCUCCCGACGAGCCCGGGCCCGUCGGAGCGGUUCUUCGCCGUGGGCGACAUGAAGCCCCUGAUGGUCGACGAGCUCGCGCAGCCCUGGGUCGCGGCCGAGGACAUCGUGACGGCCUACGCCACGGGCGCGCUCAACGUGUUGGUCAUGGUGAUCUGCUUCUCCGGCGAGGCCGGGAGCUGCGAGGACCAGUACGACUUCGGCCUCGUCGCGACGGACCACGGCUCCGACGUCUUCGACUGGUGGACGUCCGUCAUGGACGCGAGCGACGCCUUCCUCCAGGCCGCGUCCUACGGGCGCGCCUGGCUCGACUGGAGCUUCCACGGCGGCGACGCGCCGCUCUUCGUCGAGCUCGACGUGACGGUCGCGGAGUGCGCGAGCUUGACCAACCUGGGCUACUACACGCAGGACCCCGACGCCUACGACACGCGCGCCUACGCGGCGACGGGCGUGACCCCCGACGACUACGACUUCGUCGCGCUCGUGAUCCCCUGGUGCGGCGACGUCGGCUGGGCCGGCGCGGGGUGGGUCGGCUACCCGGGCCUCAUCUGCAACGCCUACGCCGCGAACUACGACAACGCCUUCGUCCACGAGCUCGGCCACAACUUUGGCGCGUCCCACGCGAGCUACAUGACCGGCGGCGAGCGCGGCGCCGUCGCGUACCAGGACGACGAGGGCUCCUGGGUCGAGUACGGGAGCCCCUUCACGACGAUGGGCCAGGCCUGGUUCGAGGUCGACCUGGGGCUCGCGGGCCAGUUCAUGGCCGCCAACAAGCUCGUCUUCGACUGGGUCGACGAGGCCAAGGCCGCCACGGUCGACGUCUACGACUUCGCCGGGGGCGACACGGUCUGCGCCGACUCCUGCGGGCCCUACGCGCUCGACCUCUACGACGACGUCUCCGGCGGCGACCCGAACGACAUGUCCGCGGACGCGGAGGGCUACCUCGCGCUGCGCAUCCCGGCCCAGGCCGCCGACACGUACUUCUUCCUCGAGCGGCGCCAGUACCCGACGCCGGGCGUGCUGCUGUCGUGGGCGUCCGUCGACGAGACCUACGGCUACACGGGCUACGUGUCCAACACCGUGCUCGUGGACUGCACGCCGACGACGGUGGACGGCUGGGACCUCGGCUUCGACGACGCGCAGCUCGUCGACUCGUGCUACGUCGACCUCUCGAGCACGCCCGGCGAGUCGUACCCGGUCCGCGUCGACUUCGACGGCGCGAGCGUCACGCUCACCGCCACGGGCGGCAAUGCCGUCGUGACCUGGGCGCCGUCGUCGGUCGAAGAAGGGUGCACCGAGGCCGGCAGCUGCUGCGCCGAGAUCGCGGGCCUCUCGAACACCUACACCUGGGCCGACUUCGGCGAGGAGCCCUGGACGCGCGUCGCCGGCAGCUGCUGCGAGGGCUACUGCUCCUACGUGACCCAGAGCGGCAACUACUACCUCGCCUACGCGCUGCGCCGCGGCGCCUACUACGUCACGGAUUACGACAUAUGCAUGACGGUGGGCUCGUUCGCGUAUUACGACUCUUUCCCCGUCGACGACAUCGUCGCGUCCUGCUCCGCGGGCGAUCCGGUGCCCGCGCCGACGACGUGGGAUCCCCCGGUGCCCUCUCCCACGAUGGCGAUGCCGACCGACGAUCCGUGGACCGACGACGGCUACGACGACGACGCCUGCGGCGACUCGUCGUCCUGGUUCUACGGGAGCGGCAAGGGCUGCGCGAAGCUCUUCGAGGACCCGUCGCGCUGCAAGAAGAAGAGCCACGACAAGGUCAUGGGCUACGAGGCGUGCCCCUACGCCUGCGGCCUCUGCGACGCCACGAGCGACAGCGAGAGCUGGUACGCCAACGGCAAGCCCAAGAACUCCUGUGACUGGAUCGCGAGGAGCCCCUCCGCGCGCUGCGGCAAGAAGGACGACGCGGGCGUGCGCGCGUCCUACGCCUGCCCCGAGGCGUGCGGCGACGACGACGAUGACCACACGGCCGAAUCGUGCCUCGCGGACUUUGGCGACGAACUCGAGGCCGCCGUGACCUCGGAGCGCGACUCGACGGCGCUCAUCUUCCAGCUGAAAGCGAGGACGUCCGGCGCCAAGGUCCUCGCCGCCUACGCGAAGCAGACGCUGCUGGACACGGAGGGCGCCCGGCUCUGCCGCGCGGAGGAUGGGAGCGCCGUGGACCUGGCGCGGCCGCUGCUCGACCAGAUCGCGGACGGCGAGCUCUUGACGGUGACCGACGCGCCCGCGGCGGCGGCGGCGCCCGAGGAGGAGCCGGAGCCGCGAGCGGAGGAAGCGCCCGAGGAGGAGGAGCCAUCGCCGCCGCCGGAGCCGCCCAGCAUGGACGCGUCGUUCGAGCAGAUCGCGAUCCCGGAGCCGCCCAUGGACGCGUUCCUCGCGCGGGAGCUCGAGGAGCUCGCCGUCGAGCGCGAGGCCGCCGUCGCCGUCGUCGACGCCGCGGAGGCGACGGCCCUCGGCGCCGCGGACGCGGCGCUGGCCCUCGAGGUCGCCCGGGCGGCGUCGGAGGUGGCGCUGCCCCUGCGGUCCUUCGUGUUCUCGUGCUACCCGGACCGCCUCGCGGCGCUCGACGCCGUCGGCGCGUCCAUGGGCGCGGCGCUCCGCGACGGCGACGCGCCGAUCCUCGUCGUCGGCGGCGUCGGCGCGGGCGCCGUCGCCGUGGCCCUCGGCGCGGAGCGCGGCGCCGGCGAGGCCGUGCGCGUCGUCGCCUGGCCGCGCGGCGCCGUCGGCGCGGGCUGCGCCGCGAAGCUGGCCAAAGAGAACGGCGUCGACGUCGAAAUCUACGCGGGCGGCGGCCACGAGGUCGUCGGCGUGCUCGCGGCGCGGGACUCGGACGCCUGCGCGGGGUUCGACUGCAGCGCCUUCGACCGGCGCCUGCGCUGCGACCUGCCGCGCGAGUCGCUCCGCGCGACGGAGGCGUGCUGGCGCGAGGCGUCGCGGCCCUUCGCGCUGCGGACCUGGUCCGCGGCCGCGACGAUCGCCGCCGCCGAGGACGCCGGGGGGCGCACGGUGACCGUCGCCGAGGCGACGACGACGGUGCUUGGCGGCGUCGCGUGCGCGGCGUGCUGGCUGCGGCUCGAUUACGGCGACGGCGUCGUCCUCGAGACGAAGCCGCCGCCCAUGGUCCGCGACGACCGGGGCGACCGCAAGGCCGGCGAGCGGCCCUGGCGCUACACGGUCAUCCCCCUGCCGGGCGGGCGCGUCGCCGUCGACGCGGGCGAAAAAGCGUCGCUCGAGGUCGCGUGCGACGGGUUCCUCGACGGCCUCGAGGUGCGGUCCCUGGCCCUCGACGGCGAGGAGGCCUUCACGAACAUUAACCCGGCGAACAACGACCGCCUCGACGUGCCCCGCUGGCACUGGCCCAUGCUCGCGGACGAGCCGCGGAACGCGUGCUUCGCCAGGGCCAUCGAGCGCGCGGUCGCGCGCGCGGCGAAGCGGCGCCGCGGCGAGGCCGACGAGGAGGUUCACGUGCUCGACAUCGGCGCCGGCAGCGGGUUGCUGUCGCUCGCGGCGAAGCGCGCGGGCGCGGCGUCCUGCGUCGCCGUCGAGGCGCAGCCGUCCGUCGCGGCGGCGGCGGUGUCGUGCGUGCUGGACAACCUCGGCGGCGAGGAGGCGCGCGUGGCGCCGCGGUCCCCGGCCGACGACGACGGCGCGCUGGACGUCGAGGUCGACGGCGUGCGCGUCGUGAGCCGCCACUCGUCGGCGCUCUACGUCGAGGACGACGAGUACGACGUCCGCGACGACGACGACGCGUCGUCCGACGACGACGACGCGGGGCCCGCGCACGGCCGGUCGGCGCUGCCGCGGCGCGCCGACGUGCUCGUGUCGGAGAUCUUCGGCCAGGCGUUGUUGGAGGAGGGCUGCGUGUCGACGUUCGUCGACGCGACGGAGCGGCUGCUGACCGACGACGCGGACGUCGUCCCCGCGCGCGGCGCGAUCCACGCGACGCCCGUCGAGUGGCCCGCGCGCAAGGGCGCCGGCGGCGUCGACUACGGGUCCCUCGUCUGCCUGCACCGGGCCAUGGGCGCGGCCGACGACGUCUACUCGUCCGUGCUCCUCGACGAGGACGUCGUCGACGUCGCGCCGCCGCAGCCGGCCUUCGACUUCGACUUCCGCUGGCCCGAGGACGCGCGGCCGGGGGUCUGCGAGCUCGUCUUCACGGCGCAGCGCGACGCGGUCGUGACCGCGAUCGCGCUCCACUUCGAUCUGGACAUGGACGACGCGGAGACGUACGACUCGCGGACCUGCGACGGCUGGCACUGGGGGCGGCCCGUCUACGUGCUCCCGACGCCCGUGCGCGUCGCCGCGGGCGCGACGCUGCCCGUGACGCUGGCGACGAACGGCGAUUUCCCCCAACUGCACCGCGUCGAGAAGGUGCGCGUCGCGUUGGACGCGGCGUGCGCGGCCAAGGACCUGCGCCACGGCCGCGUGGCCUACGCGUCCGAGGACGCGGCCAACGGGCUCGUGGGGCCCAUGCUCGCGGCCAAGGGCCGCGACGCGAAGGCGCGCGCGGACCUGAAGGCGCGCUUCGACCCCGUCAAAGAACCGGUCGCGCGCGCGGCGCUCUGCCUCGCCUUCGUGGCCGAGUUCCGGCGCCUCGCGCGGACGCCGAACGUCGCCGUGGACCCCAUCGCCGUCCAGGACCUCCUCGUGAACCUGCCCUACGUCGUGCCCCAGUUCGCGCUCCCCGGCGACGCCUACAAGGAGCGGCCGGGCGGCGUCGCGGCCAUCAACGGCGUGCCCUUCGAGAAGUAA